AUGAUUGCUGCAGAUCUGGACAAGAUCUUCAUAAGCUCCGAAACAAGACCGAAGAAAGAGCAUAUAGAGGAAGCAAAGAAGAUCGUGAAGGCAAAUUCGAAGUAUAAAGCGGAUCCCGGAUACAGAUACUUCCUUGAUGAGACAAUUGUAGGCCUCUGCAAAGGAUGUAGCAACGAAGAGAUUUUUCGGACGAUCAGAUCGCUACAGAGAAUGAUAAAGCCGAGAGCAAGGGUGCUUGGUGAAGAUCUGUAUCUUAGAAAAUAA